AAUUGCGAAUAUACUUUUUGAAAGAGCUCUAAACUCUACUGUCAGGUUUGUUUAUUUGUUUACUUAAUAUAUUUUUUUAAUUAAAAUAUACAUGUAUAUAGCUGCAACUUUCACUGACUGUAAAUUCCACCAAAGUUGAUUGAAGGUACCGUUCUGCUCUUAUCUUAAGUGUGUGCUGAUAUAUAGAUGGUAAAAUGAACCCGUUAGACAAAUUAAUUGGAAACGAAGGGAGCCCCGUAAUGUUAAAUCCAGAAACACGAGAAAUAUUAAGUUUUGAAGUGCCAUGUGAAGAUCUGCAAAGGAAAAUGUGGAAUUAUAUCCUUUCCAAUCGAGCUGUUGGACAUACUAGUCAUGAAACACAAUUGAAGGAUAUGUUGAACAAGAAUGAUUAUAAAGGUUUAAAUGCAAUAAUGAUGGGGAGGCUUACAUUUGGAACUGCUGGUAUACGUGGUAGAGUUGGCAUAGGAUUUUCAGCCAUGAAUAAUGUUGUAGUUGUCCAAACAACCCAAGGUAUAGCAGCUUUGCUUGCUAAAGAAGAUAAAACAAAAGGAGUUGUAAUUGGAUAUGAUAAUCGAAAUGACAGUAAAGAGUUUGCUGAACUAACCGCAACUGUAUUUUUGAAACAAGGAUUCGUAGUUCACUUUUUUUCUAACAUGGUUCCGACUCCUUUCAUACCUUUUUCUGUUAAAAAGCUGAAUUGUCUGCUCGGGAUCAUUAUUACAGCUUCUCAUAACCCGAAGCAAGAUAAUGGAUAUAAAGUGUAUGGACCAAACAGUACACAAAUUUUGCCUGAAUUUGCCAAAAGAAUUCAAAAGAGUAUAUUGGAUAAUCUUGAGGUGACUAUUUCUAGCACGGAUAAAUCGCUUGUGUACACGUCUACUUAUUUGCAUGAUCCUUUAGCUGACAUGGAUCAUUUGUAUUUUAAAGAUUUAAUUAGUUCAGUAAAUACUAAAUGUAUGUCACAGACCACAAUAAAAAUUACAACUACUGCUUUGCAUGGUGUAGGUCAUCCAUUCUUAAAAAAAGCUUUACAGAAGUCAGGAUUUUACGGAUGGGUUCCUGUUUCAUCACAAAUGCAUCCGGAUGGAGACUUUCCCACAGUGAAAUUUCCAAACCCGGAGGAGAAGGACUCUCUGGCUUUGGCUAUUGCUCUUUCUGAUGAAAAGAAGUGUACCUUGAUAUUAGCUAAUGAUCCUGAUGCUGAUCGACUUGCCGUUGCUGAAAAACUUCAUGACAACACUUGGCAUAUAUAUUCUGGAAAUGAAAUUGGUGCCUUACUCGGGUCAUGGUUGUGGCAAAAGUGUCCUGCUGAAAAGAAGACCAUUCCAAGCAAUUGCUGCAUGAUAUCCAGUACUGUAUCAUCAAAAAUAUUGGCGAGCAUUGCAAAAAAAGAAGGAUUUACCUUUUAUGAAACACUGACUGGAUUUAAAUAUAUGGCGAACAAAGCUGCUGAAGCAGAAGAACGUGGAUUGCACUUUGUUUUUGCUUUUGAAGAAGCGAUUGGAUAUAUGUGCUCAACAAGUGUUAUGGACAAAGAUGGAAUAAGAGCUGCCUUAUUGGUGUUUGAACUUGCUGCCUUUGCGGAACGAAAAAAUAAACUACUUUAUGAUAUAUUGAAGGAGACAUAUUUAAAGUAUGGCUAUCAUUUUGCAUUAAACUCUUACUUCAUUUGUCCUGAUCCUCAAAAUACAAAUAAGAUGUUUCACACCCUACGAAAUUGGAAUGGAAAACCCGAAACGUAUCCUGAUCAUUUAGAUCUACCAAAAGAUAGAAAUGAUAUACCAUUCAAGUAUGAAGUUGUCCAUGUCAGGGAUCUAACAACUGGAUAUGAUUCAAGGACACCGACUAAGCUAAGUUGUUUGCCAAUGGACUCCUCUUCACAAAUGAUUACUUUUUACUUUGGCAAUGGAGCAGAAGCAACACUUAGAACAAGUGGAACAGAGCCAAAAGUAAAAUACUACACUGAAGCUAUUCACCAUGGUCCUGAAAGUGAAUGGCAAUCAUGCCGUGAUAUGCUUUCUUUGUUGGUGGAGUUGAUGAUUCAGCAAUGGAUGCAACCAGAGAAACACAAUUUACUCCCACGCCCUGAAGAAGCAUCGAAAAAAUGAUUAAAUAACUGAAAGUGACAUUUAUCAAAAAUAUUUACAAUUAUUUUCUAUUAAGUUGGUUGUUUUCCAUUCUUUAAAAAGAAAACAAAAUUCACACUUCAAACAAAGAACAAUAAAGUCAUCCAAAAAAGAUCAAAUCCUUUCCAGUCAGUUUAUUUCUAAACUGAAUUCAUUAGUUGAAACAGAAUUGUGUACCUAAAGAACUAGUCAUGUUAUAUAUAAAGGUUUUUUUUUCCUA